GGCAGCGCCGGGCUCUGGUGAUGUCAUCAGCCCGCGACGCGUCUUCACAUGGCAGGUCUAGGACCACAGAGAUAAAAGCGUCCAGCUUACCAUGGCAACCAGGCAGUGGCACGGGGGCCAUUCCUCCCCCGUUCUGUGUGUGGGGGCCGCGGGGGGGCCCGAGGGCCUGCUGGCCUCUGGCUCCGAGGGGGGGCAGGUGACGGUGUGGUCCCAGGACGGGACCAUCCUGGGCAGCGUCGCCCUCGCCGGCGGGGACGACUGCACCGGCGUGGCCUUCUCCCCCGCCGGCCCCGGCCGUCUCUACGCCGCCCACGGCGAGACGGUCAGCGUCCUGGACCCCCGCAACCUCCGGGGGGUCGUCACGGCGAUCCCGGGCGCGGGCGAGGAGGAGAUCAACUGCGUGGCGGUGAGCGAGGACGGCGCGUUCGUGGCGGUGGCGGACGACUCCGGCGCGGUGCGGGUCCUGGACGCGGUCGGGGGGAGGGUCUGCCGGACGCUGCGCAGACACACCAACAUCUGCUCCUCGGUCGCCUUCAGGCCCAGGAGGGCCGGCAGCCUGCUGUCAGCCGGCCUGGACAUGCAGGUGAUCCUGUGGAGCCAGCAGAAGACACGCCCCCUCUGGACCCUCAGCCUGCAGGAGGUGGCGGAGGAGGCCGACGGCGGCCGCGAGCAGAGCGCCGACAAGCUCUUCAACCCGCCGCUGGCGCACUGCGUCUCGGUGGCCAGCUGCGGCAACGUGGUGGCGUGCGCGGCGGAGGACGGCGGCGUGCACCUGAUGCGCGUCGGCGCCGGCUCCAAGCUGGAGCAGCACGGCCUCUUCAAGGCCCACAGCCAGGGCGCCUCCCAGGCCCACUUCCUGGGCUUCCUGUCCCACCCCUACUGGCUCACCACCGGGGGGAACGACGGCCAGGUGCUCCUCUGGGACCUCAGCCGCAGCCCGGUCGUGGCCCCGGACGCGAACGCCAAACCCGGGGCACCGGCGGCCCACCACAGGAAGGCCAAAGCUCGGACGAAGGGGAGGGCGACGCCCAAGGGGAGGAGCCACAAGGCCCCGCCCCAAGGCGCAGCCGCCAAGGAGGUCGAGGAAGAGCCGCCGAAGGAGGAGGAAGAGGACGAAGAACCGGGAGCGACAGGAAACGCAGAUCAGGCGUCGAGCGCGGACGAGGUGCCGAAGUCCGGGCCGCGGCUCCAGUUCAGCCACGGAGACAAGGUGAACUGGGUUUGCCCCGUGCAACUGGGAGGAGAGCCCAGUCUGGUGGUGGCAGACCAGAGCUCCAGCCUCACCGUUUACUCCCUCUCUGGACUGUAGAGACAGUCCCUGUGAAGCAGCGACUACUGUACGGAG